GUCCUCCGCCAGCGUCAGCAAAAGUGGAUGGGCAGGACUGUGCCUGCUGCUAUCAGGUUUCCCUCUACCCCAGUCACUCCUCCUUCUUACAGCUGUGGGGGUGCACCUGGCCAAGGAAGAUGCUGCUCCAGGCUGUCCCUGGGUUAAUGUGGCUCUGGCAGAACAUGCCCUUUCUGACACUGGUCAUGUUCUUAGGCCUGUUCCUGCUGAUUGCUGAUUGCAUGAAAAGGAGACGGCCGAAGAAUUUCCCUCCAGGACCUUUGCCCCUGCCCUUCCUGGGCCACAUACUUCAUCUGGAUUUCACACAAAGCCAUAGGACUAUAGAGAAGCUUGCUGGAAAAUAUGGCAACAUUUUCAGCAUGCAGUUUGGUAACCUGACAUUUGUGAUUGUAAAUGGAUUCCAGCUGGUGAAGGAAGUGCUUGUCCAUCAGGGUGAAUACUUUCUUGAUCGCCCACAAAUUCCUCUUAUCUACGAAAUCUUUGGUACAUUUGGAUUACUCUCCUCUAAUGGGCAUGUCUGGAAACAACAAAGAAGAUUUGCUUUAUCAACUCUAAGAAACUUUGGCGUGGGGAAGAGGAGCUUAGAAGAACGAAUACAGGAGGAGAGCAGAUACCUCACAGAUGCAAUUGAGGAAGAAAAAGGGCAACCUUUUGACCCUCACUUUAAAAUUAAUAAUGCUGUUUCCAACAUAAUCUGUUCCGUCACUUUUGGGGACCGGUUUGAAUAUCAUGAUAGUCACUUCCAGAAGUUACUGCGGUUGAUUGAUGAGACUUUGUACCUCCAGGGAACUAUUUGGAACCAGCUGUAUAACACCUUCCCCGCCAUAAUGAAGUGGAUACCUGGACCCCAUCACACCAUUUUUAAAAACUGGGAAAAUAUGAAGUGUUUUGUGGGGGAAAUGAUUGCAAAGCACAAAGAGGACUGGAAUCCAUCUGAACCCAGAGACUUCAUUGACUGUUAUCUGAAGGAAAUAGCAAAGGCCGAUGCCGACCCUAGUUUCCAUGAAGAAAAUCUCGUAUUUUCCACACUGGAUCUUUUUUUUGCUGGAACUGAGACAACGUCUACAACCAUCCGCUGGGCUCUGCUGUACAUGGCCCUAUAUCCUGACGUUCAAGAGAGAGUGCAAGCGGAGAUUGAUGCAGUGAUUGGCCAGUCUCGCCAGCCAGCCAUGGACGACAGGAACAACAUGCCAUACACCAAUGCAGUUAUUCAUGAAGUGCAAAGGAUAAGCAACAUCGUGCCUUUGAGUGUGCCCAGAAUGGCAACUAGUGACACAACACUGGCCGGAUUCUAUGUGCCAAAAGGCACUGUUUUGAUUCCAAAUUUGACAUCAGUGCUGUUUGACAAGAAUGAGUGGGAAACCCCUCAUACUUUUAAUCCUAAGCAUUUCCUGGAGGAUGGUCAGUUCAAGAAGAGAGAAAGUUUCCUGCCCUUCUCUGCAGGAAAGCGCGGUUGCCUUGGCGAGCAGUUGGCUAGAAUAGAGCUGUUCCUGUUCUUCACUGCCCUCCUUCAGAAAUUCACAUUCCAAGCUCCGAAGGACGUGAAGCUAAGCCUUAAAUUCAGAAUGGGAAUUACUCUCUGCCCACAGCCAUACAAGAUCUGUGCGCUGUCUCGCUAGGAAAAGCCAGGAAAUUUUUGUCAUUGCCCCAUUUCUUAAAUAAUUACGCUUUGCUGUGCUUGUAUAUAGGGCUGCAUUGGCAGUUCACUAUGUCUCCAAAUUUCCCUGCCUGCCUCCGUUCAUAUAACCCAACAGGGGACCAAUAUCAGCAACUGGAUGAUUUGGGAACCUGAUAUUGGAAGGGGCUGUGGCUGUUAUGAUACAUCCUACCAUGACGGCAGCUCUUCCUGAUGUCCCUACCACACCAGUCUCUGUGCAUGCACACUCAGGAUGGCCGAGGAAUUGUCACUCCCAUAUCAAUCUGGUUGAAAAAAGGUAAGUAUAUUUCAUGAAUUCUUUCAAAAGGAACAUUUUGUUUCAUUUGCAGUUUUUCAUGAAAUAUUUACUUUUUCAAUGGAAACUUUUCAAAACAAUUUAAAAAAAAAUAUGACUGGUGUGAAAAAAAUACGACCUUUUCUCUCACUUUUUAAUGAGGGGUAGGGAGAAUUUAAAGACAGGAGAGAAAGUGCGAUUUUCCCUACCAACACAAAAUUUAAAAAAUGAAAUUUCUUUGAAAAAUGAAAAAUGAAAAAUUUCAACCAAGAUUGAAACACAAAUGGCAGAUUAAAGCUUUUAAUCACAAAGGCACUACAAAUACCAGCCAGGUCGAUUAAAAACCAUCCAGAUGGCAACCUUACCUAUGAUACAUGCACACAAUUUGUUUGAGGCCCAAUGUAGCCCAUAAUGCAAAAUCUGGUCUAUUGCAUUUCCUAUUUCAAACACUGAACCAGCACAUUACUAUAACUUUUUCUUCUUGACAUCACUCAUAGGCAAAGUAAGACAGAGAAUCAAUUACAAGAAGAAGAAAAAGUUUUGAAAUGUAACGGUCUGAUCCUGUAAAGGCUUAAACGUGUGAGUUUACUCAUGUGAGUAGUCCCAUUGCUGAUCAGGCCCACAGUGUGUCUUUACACCAGGGAAAUAAAAUAGUCCUUAGCGUUCUCAUUAAAUUUCAUAGCAAAGAAGAAUUGAUUUAACUUUUUCUUUUUUUAAUAAAAGCUGUUGAUAACAGGAAAAAAAACAUUUAAAAAAGAAAUCCAAACAUUUAGGGUUAGAUUUUUAAGACUCUCACUGAUUUUGUUGAAUAGUCAGUCACAUGAGUAAGCCCUUGGAAAUCAACGGAUCCACUCUCCUGUGUUUGGCUCUUAAUUAAAGGUGGCACCCACCAUGUGCCAAAUUUCCCCAAAGAUGGUAUAUGCACGCUCAGAAACAGUUGCGUGGCCAGAAGUGGUGCAAUUGACACCUACCCAACCAUUUGUCCAGCCUGUGUGUGGAGAGGCUCUGUAUUGCACACACAGGUACUAGUUUUCCAAAAGUUAAUGUGCAACAUAGCAUUGCACUCAAAUUGAAGCCAGCUUGUGCUCGCUUUGCUCAUCUGGCCCUGUGUCCACUUCUUAAAAAUGUAAAUAUUCUUAUGAAACCAUUUCAAACUUAGAUUCUGUAUGUGUGUGAGAGAGAGUUGUUAAAUACAGCAAAUUGCUGUGUAUUCCAGAGGACAAAGUAGAACACAAAUUGGAGAAUAUGGACGCACAACAAUAUACGGGGAAAUUACCAAUAGCACCAUGGCAGCAUUUCUGGAAAUUAAAUCACUGAAGCUCCUUUGCUGGUUGGGCUUCUAGACCCUGCUUCAGGAAAGGAGUUACACACUUGUUUAGCUUUAAGCACCUACUUAAUUGAUUUCAGUGGACUCAAGCAAAUGCUUAACUUUAAGCACGUGCUUAUGGACCGUUUCCUGAACUGCGGCCUUUUACUGAAAGCUUUUUGGGGCAGGAACUGUCAUUUACUAUGUGUUUGUAUAGCAGCUAGUGCAACUGGCCCCCAUCUGAUUGGCCUCUUGGCACUACUGCAGUUGGUAUGUUCAAUUAUAAUAAUGUAACAUAAUCACUGUGGCCCCAUCUUUGAUCUGAUUGCAGGCCUGGGGCCUACAUUUGUAAAUGAAAUGGCCAGUAAAUGUAUAAUUACAAAGUGCCCCAAUACUUUGGUGAUUGGAGCCAAAAAAGAAAAAAACCUCGUCAUGGAGGACAAUGGGAGUUGAUUGCUCAGCGUGCGCAGCAUCAGGCUCGAAUGUAAGCCAUCAAAACACUAAUUGCAAUAAAAAUGAUGCUUUCAAAA